AUGGGAGUGGAUUUGACUUGUCCUUUUGGCGUCUCCUCAGCCUGCGGAGCCCAGGCCUCUUGGAGCAUCUUUGGGGCUGACGCCGCGGAGGUUCCGGGCACACAGGGCCACUCCUGCCAGGAGGCUGCCAUGCCCCACAUUCCCGAGGACGAGGAGCCCCCUGGAGAGCCGCAGGCAGCCCAGAGCCCCGCCGGCCAAGGCCCUCACACUGCAGGAAUAUCCUGCAGUCCACCUACCAUCAUCCUGACUGGGGAGGCCAGUUCACCAGAAGGAGAAACCGAUAAAAACCUGGUCAACAGAGCUCACAGUCCCCAUAGGAGGCUUUCUCACCGACACUUGAAGAUUUCCACUGUUUCGCUGACUUCUGUGGAUCCUGCAGGACACGUUAUUGACCUGGUACAUGACCAGCUGCCAGAUAUCAGCAUCUCAGAGGAGGAUAAGAAGAAAAACCUGGCGCUGCUGGAAGAAGCCAAGUUAGUGAGUGAACGAUUCCUGACCCGCCGCGGGAGGAAGUCCAAGAGCGGCCCCGGAGACUCCCUGUCAGCUGUUUCCCUGAACCUCAGCCCCGGAGCUUCUCCCUCAUCCUCUCAAAACAACUCGCUUACUGUUCCUACGCUGCCUGGUUUGGAUGCCUGCAGUGGCCCACAGUCUCCUUUGCCUGGAGCACCACCACAGAAGGGGGAUGAGGCAGAAGUCUCUUCACCUCAUCUUAGCGAACCUAAUGUCUCCAAAGGGCUAGCUGACCGGAAGCAGAAUGACCAGAGGAAAGUGUCUCAGGGCAAGCUGACUCCUCGUUCUUCCACAACUGAGAAGUCCAAAGAGAUUGCAAUUGAACAAAAGGAAAACUGUGAUCCCCUCCUGUGCUCUGAGGCCACACACAAGGGCUCAGCUUCUGGCAUAGGCAGUGGUGGGAAAAUGGCCUUGAAUAGCCCUCAGCCUGGUUCUGCUGAAAAUGAGCUGGGAAAGGCGCUUCUGAAGACAGCCAGGGAGGGCAGCCCUCUGCCUAGAGGUCCAGCCCAGGGAUCUGGAGGGGUGGUUCCCCUGACCCCCGAGGGAAAAGAUACAGCUGGAGAGCCGACAGGGUCAAAGUUUGGCUCCAAAGCUGAGCUGUGGCCCCCUGCUUCCCGGCCGCCCCUACUGCGGGGGGUCUCCAGGGACAGUGGUCCUGAAGAACCUGGCCCCCGGCUGCAGAAAGUACUUGCCAAGCUGCCUCUGGCAGAGGAAGAGAAGCGUUUUUCAGGCAAAGCUGGCAGCAAGCUGGCCAAGGCACCUGGACUCAAAGAUUUUCAGAUACAAGUGCAGCCAGUGAGGAUGCAGAAACUGACUAAGCUCCGAGAGGAGCACAUCCUGAUAAGAAAUCAGAACUUAGUGGGGCUCAAGCUUCCAGACCUUAGUGAAGCGGCUGAGCAGGAAAAAGGGCUCCCUUCUGAACUCUCCUCGGGUAUUGAGGAAGAAGAGUCAAAAAGUGGCUUGGAUGUCAUGCCCAAUAUUUCUGACAUGCUGCUGCGCAAACUGCGGGUCCACAGGUCUCUCCCUGGAAGUGCCCCUCCGCUCACUGAAAAGGAAGUUGAGAACGUGUUUGUACAACUGUCCUUGGCCUUUAGAAAUGACAGCUACACUCUGGAAUCUAGAAUUAACCAGGCUGAAAGGGAACGCAACCUGACUGAAGAGAACACAGAGAAGGAACUGGAAAACUUCAAAGCUUCCAUUACGUCCUCAGCUUCACUAUGGCACCACUGUGAGCACCGGGAGACCUACCAGAAACUGCUGGAAGAUAUUGCGGUCCUGCACCGCUUGGCUGCCCGCCUUUCCAGCAGAGCUGAGAUGGUGGGGGCUGUCCGCCAGGAAAAACGCAUGUCAAAGGCAACAGAGGUAAUGAUGCAGUAUGUGGAGAAUCUGAAGAGGACAUAUGAGAAGGACCAUGCAGAGCUCAUGGAGUUUAAAAAACUUGCAAAUCAGAAUUCAAGCCGCAGCUGUGGCCCAUCUGAAGAUGGGGUCCCUCGAACAGCGCGGUCCAUGUCCCUCACACUGGGAAAGAACAUGCCCCGCCGGAGGGUCAGUGUUGCAGUGGUUCCCAAGUUUAAUGCCCUGAACAUGCCUGGCCAAUCUUCCAGCGCAUCACCCAUCCCCUCCUUACCAGCCCUGUCAGAAUCACCCAAUGGGAAAGGCAACCUACCUGUCACUUCAGCACUGCCUGCACUUUUGGAAAAUGGAAAGACAAAUGGGGACCCAGAUUGUGAAGCCUCUGCUCCCAUGCAAACUUUGAGCUGUGUUGAGGAGAUUAACCAAGAGACCAAGGCCAGGAUGGAGGAGGAAGCGUACAACAAGGGAUACCAAGAAGGUCUAAAAAAGACCAAAGAGCUUCAAGACCUGAAAGAAGAGGAAGAAGUACAGAAAGGUGAGAGUCUUGAGGAAGCUGAAGAGGCAGAAGAAACUGAGGAAGAGGAACAGAACCAAAGAAGCAGCAAACUUGAAGAAUUGGUUCAUUUCUUACAAGUCAUGUAUCCCAAACUGUGUCAGCACUGGCAAGUCAUCUGGAUGAUGGCCACAGUGAUGCUGGUCUUGACUGUUGUGCUGGGGCUCUACAGUUCCUAUAACUCUUGUGUGGAGCAGGCUGAUGGCCCCCAUGGGAGAUCCACUUGCUCCGCAGCCCAGAGGGACUCAUGGUGGAGCUCAGGACUCCAGCAUGAGCAACCUGCAGAGCAGUAGGAAACCUGACACCAAGUCAGUGCCCUGCUCCAGCACAAAGCUGACUGCCCUUUCCCCAAGCAUAGUGUUUCAGGCCAGUUGUGGGCAUGCUGGCACCAGCCUAUCAGGAAACAAGCCCAGGGUUCUUUCACACUCAGCAACCAUGUGGGAGCUAUCCAUACACAGUAACUGAUGUUCUUGGAGGAUCAACAAAACUGCCCUGGGAACACUUCUGGUGGAUGAAGUCACCUUCACCAAGGAACUCUAACAGAAAGGAAAGUCAUCUGCCCCUACCUCAGAUGGCUGGGGGAAAUAAAACACCUUCACUGCAGGAAACAGUAAGAAGUUCACUCUCCCUCCCCUUUUUCCUCUCUGUCGUCAGAAAUCAAAAAGAAUUAUGCCCAAAGGCUAACUCUGACCCUGAGGAUCAGACCUAGAAUGUGGAGUCAACAUGAAUAUCAUCCCAUUUACCAUUGCAUUCUCACUGACUCUCCUUCAGCCUCUUUGCCUCCUCUUUGGAACUAGAGUUUCUCUUUACACAAGUAGGGAACGUUUUUCAGAAAAGAAUAUUUAGGCUGAAUUUAGAUCAGUGCUUGAAAUGAAAUGGGAAGAUGUGAGUUAAUAUAUAUGCAUCUGUAUGCACACACAAUACACACAUACACACAGCAUGCAUGUGCAUGAAGCCAACAACCUUCCAAACGUGUGUUCUAGGUGUGUGUUCUGGACAAAGCAACCCACAGAUUUUUCACUAGGUGUGGGGCAGUCACCAGGCACCUGUUCAAUGAGCUCUCCACAUUGAUUUAAGAUGUUUGAAAAACACUGAAAACUCAUAGCUGCAACAGUGAACUUGCUGGUCUCCAUUUCAAGUGCUAAUUCUAAGCUGUUGUACAAUAAUCUAUUCCCUAUUUGUCCUCUCCCAUUGGGAACCCACCUCUCAGGUGUGAUUUCAGCUCCUGUGUGCCAGCAAGCACAUGUGCAAUUAUACCUUAGUGCUUCAGUUCAAAUGGGAUCUCCAACCCAAGUACACAUUCAGAGCAUUCCAAUUAUUUAGCAUAAAACUGAAAGGAGUACAUCCCAUUUCCAAGUUGACUUCUUUACAGCCACUGCCUUCAUUCAUCCCUUAUCAGUUUUGAGGGGUGUUGGUUUCUUGUGAGUUUUAUUGUGGCUGUUCUGCUGUUUUUGUUUUGUUGUUGAUGUCUGUUUUGUUGCUAACACUCAUAUAGAACUUAUUAUGAGCCAAACACUGUU